AGUAAGGCGUACUUUGAUAUUGACUAGCGGAAAGUAUCUUAGGAAUCUAGACCUGCACUUUGGAAAAGUAUGCACAGUGACUCGGCAUAGAGAGGCGCACAGGGGGUCUAGAGAUAUAUAAUAGGUAAUAGAGAUAGUGCAUUCUUAGUCCUCGACGUCGUUGAUAAGGGUGACCUAUAUAAGCAUCCUGCAAACUCGGAUCUCGCAUUAGUCUCUUGGUUGACCCAGGUCCAGCUAGAAACCAGCAAUAUGCAGUGUUCGACUCUCAUCCUGACGUUCAUCGCCGGUUUGGCUCUCUGCGAGUGCCAGACCCAUGUGCCGACCCCGAAACAAAGUGUUUCCCAACCCACAUCCGUGGUCGAAUUGAUAACUAAGGCUCAAACCGACAUCAUGAAGCUUGGUACCGACCUCAGUGAUGUCUUGAUUCGCCCCAACCAAGAAGCCGUUGUCGAAGCUCUGAAGGAACGUAGCUCGGUCUUCGUCACCACCGUCCAGAAAUACAUUGCUGAUAUGAACAACAAAUUGAAGGCCAAGGGUUCUGAGGUUCAAGAUAGAUGGGAUGACAUCAGGAAGGUACUGACCAAAGCCACGGAGGACAUCUCAGCUCAGAUCCCACUCGCCAAGGAAGAAAUUACCAAACUUCAGGGCAAAUUCGUCGACGGAUUGAACGCUAUAGUGAAACAGUCGGAAUUGGUUGUAAAGACUGUCAGUGCAGACGCCGAGCCAAUCAAGGAAGAUGUUGCCAAUCUGGCGAAAAUGGCGGUUGAGCUUACUGUUCAAGCCACCAAGCAGCUCAAAGCCGAGAUUGAACAGAUUGUACCGAAGCCUAAAGCGUAGAUGACAAGUCACGCGAUAAAUUUCAACCCUAUGUCUCUUUGAACACGAAUGGAUAAUCUGAGAAAUUCACGAAGUGCAUAUUCUUCGUUCUCGCUAUUAAUCAGUUAUCACGUUCACAUGCACCCGUGAACGGGCUGAAUGUUAUCUUAUUUUAAUCUGUGACAAAAGUUUUUAUAUCUGUGAUUCACGAAUAAACUAUAAUCUCAUGUACCUAUUUUGAAUUUAAUCGAUACCUCUUACUGUUCAAGUGCACCACAAACCUUGUCCCGCCACCUUAUGACCAA